GGCGUUAUCGAGGGGCUUUGGGUUUGAUAAGCACACCGCCUAAAUUUGUCGAACAAGGGUCUCGACGGCAGAAUCGCCAUCUCCCUAGAAAAUUUCCAUCUACCUAUAGCCUUCGACAACUUUACCAUCUCGGUUACCCGCCUAAGUAACCCACACCGGCACACAACAAUGGCCACCAAAAGCGCAAAAGCUGGCGACAAACGCAAGGCCGCGGUCGAGGCCCCUGAGAAGAAAGUCAAGAAGUUCGAAGUGAAGAAGGAACGUCCUGACUCAACACGGAAACUCUUCAGGAACGAAGACGCUUCGGACGACGGCAGCGAUGACGACUCGUCCGAUGGAGAGGACGGCGGCGCCGAGCUUCCUGCAAAGAAGAAGGCGAAACAGACCAAAGGGGCAGAGAAAACCGGAGACAACGACGUGACAGAAAAGAAGCACGAGCGAAGUGGCGAAACCUCGAGAGAAUCGCACAUCAAGCAGAAGCAGCUGGCCAAGGAGCGAAAGGCUGCCCGCCCUCUUGCAGAUGAGCUGCAGAGGGCCAAGAAGAUCUGGGAGCGACUACGGCGAAAGUCCCACGUGCCAAAGGAGGAGAGGCAGCAAUUGGUCGACGAGUUGUUCCAAAUCAUCACCGGCCGCGUCAAGGACUUCGUCCUCAAGCAUGACGCCGUACGGGCUGUCCAGACUGCACUCAAAUACGCAAAGACGGAACAACGAAAGGUGAUCACGCAAGAGCUCCAGGGUACUUACGCCCAGCUGGCCGAGAGCAGAUAUGCCAAAUUCCUCAUUGGCAAGAUGCUGGUCCAGAACGACCCAGAGAUCCGGGACAUGAUCAUUCCUGAGUUCUACGGCAAAAUCAGGAAGCUCAUCAACCACCCCGAGGCAGGCUGGAUUCUCGACGACAUCUACCGUGGUGUUGCGACCAAGGAGCAAAAGGCGAUCAUCCUGCGCGAGUGGUACGGCCCUGAGUUCUCCCUGUUCAGGAAGGACGGCGACAAGACCGAAACGGCCGAGCUGGCUCAGAUCCUGGAGGAGAACCCCGAAAAACGCGGUCCCAUCAUCAAGCACCUCCUGGGCAUGAUCGACCAGCUGAUCCAGAAAAAGAUGAACGGCUUCACCAUGCUUCACGACGCUAUGCUGCAAUGCUUCUUGAACCUGAAGGCUGGCAGUGAGGAGCAAACGGAGUUCACCCAGAAGAUCAAGGACGACGAAACAGGAGACCUACUAAAGAACAUGGCAUUCACAAAAUCUGGCUCGAGACUUGCCUGCCUUCUUCUCGCUCACGGAAACGCCAAGGACAGAAAGCAAUAUCUCCGACUCUACAAGGAUACCUACGAGGCCAUGGCUGGCGAUCAAUUCGGCCACCGGGUUAUUCUCACAGCCUACGAUGUUGUAGACGACACUGUGCUCACAUCCAAGACGAUAUUUCCCGAGGUACUGGGCAAGAAUGAGGAGAAACAUAACGUCAUUUUUGGCGCCAACGACCUCAAUGCGAGGAUCACCCUCCUUUAUCCUUUUGAGGGCACAUCCAAGGCAUUGUUCCCUCUGAGUCAUCAAGGAGACCUGGAUAUCCUCAACGAGAUCAACGAGAUCCGCCAGUCCACUAGCAAAAAGAAUGCUGAGGUUCGACGCAAGGAGCUGGUAACUGCGAUGUCCCCAGCUUUAUUAGAAGCCAUCGCGGUGUCCGCCAAAGACCUGGUGUCGAGCUCCUUCGGCUGCCAAUUUGUGGCAGACGUGCUGCUGGGCGCAGUCGGAGACAAGACAUCGGCCUUGCAGGCAGUCGCUGAGGCAGCCGCGGGAGACCCGUCACCGUCGGAAGACGCUGAAGAGCUGUAUUCCUCAGCGUACCCUCAUCCAGCGCAGACGGCUUGGGCGGAAAGGAUGUACAAGACAUUAAUCCAGGGCGGACGAUUUGACAAGGCAACCAAGAGUAUCAAGCUGGUAGAGCCUCCUCUGGACUUCGCGAACGUACUCUACCCGGUCAUCAAGGAUCACAUAGUGGCUUGGUCCACCGGGCGCAGCUCCUUUGUUAUCGUUGCCCUGCUGGAAUCGGAGAGCUUCUCCCAGAAGGAGAAGAUCAGAAAGGUGCUCAAGAAAAACAAAGCGGAGCUCGAGAAGGCAGCGACCACUCCCGUAACCAAGGAAGACGCGGGGAACGAUGCCGAGAAGCAAGGGGCAGGGAAGCAGAAGAAGGGUCGACAAGGGAAGAAGCCGCCAGCAACUGGAAAUUCAGGGUCACGGAUACUUCUCCAGAAGCUGUGAAACUUUAUUUCUCUUCACCCAGUCCGGCAGCUGUGUAUGCAGGGGUAGUUUGGCAGGAAAUCAUAUACUAGAGCGGCCUCCAUCCCAACUAUACCAUGAGCACACGCAUGAGAGCCGGCCGGGAUGUCGGGAGUUGGCGAACGAGCUGUCCGACUCGGGGCGGCUCGUCACACUGGUUCGAAGACUGGCCCUGCGAUGUAACUGUGACGGCAAGGCAUUCCGAGAAAGGGAAGGGGUGAGGCUGAAAGGUGGGGCAUGGUUCACCCAUGUGGGAGCUCGCUAGAUCGGAUCUGACAACCGGACGGAGGGGACCACAGGGACCGGGGCCCGAGCAAAGACGCAGACCCGGGCCUGGGGUAAUGAAACCACGACAUGCGUAUCAUCAGCCAGCAGCGAACCGUGGGAACUUGGGGGGCAGAUCAUGUAUCCAAUUGGCUGCCCGGGUGAAUAUAAGACUCGUGAUAAUACCCUUUUUGAGAGUGCCAGUUGCGAGCUAGUCUCCCUUUCA